UAUUCAGUGACAGAAGAAGUCACUUCUCGACUUUACCAGAAUGAUGGUAGAUAUCCAGCUCCGGAGUGUCUUUACAACAACUAAUGCACAUUUUUGCCGUAUCGAGCAGCAGAUUUUAUGAAAGAGGACUUGAGGUUUUGUAGACAGCAGCAUGUCAGUGAAUUUUGAUGAGAGAAGCGGUGUGAUCCCGUGUAAAACAGCAUGGGGCUCGUGGUAUCAAACUAUGGAGGAGGUUUUCAUCGAAGUCAAUGUUCCUCCUGGUACUUCAGCAAAAGAGAUCAAAUGUAACAUCAGCAGCAAACAGAUUGAGCUUCAUGUAAAAAGCCAACAAAUAUUCAAGGGGAAGCUGUUUGGAUCCACAGUUAGCGAUGAAGCUAUGUGGACAUUAGAGGACAAGAAAUUGAUUCGGAUAGUUCUGAUGAAAACAAAUCGAGAGGCUGGAAACUGUUGGCUGUCUUUGUUGGAGGGAGAAUAUGCUGCUGAUGCAUGGGUGCAGGAUCAGAUGCAGAGAAAACUCACACUGGAAAGAUUUCAAAGAGAGAACCCUGGAUUUGACUUCAGUGGGGCAGAGAUUUCUGGAAACUUUCAUGGUGGUGGACCAGAUUUCUCCAGUUUGCAAAAAUAAAAAUGGACUGCCUUUUUGUUCAGAUGAAUCUCACAUUUUCAUAUGCAAAAAAUAUAAUAAGGUUGAACUGUUAAUAUAAAGCCAUAAUCUACCACAGAAAGCCUCUGAUAGAAUCAUUUCAGUUUUUUAAUGAAGGUUUAUAAAUACCAUGUUUUGGUUUUGGCACAAUAGUCGUUUCAGAAGACUGUUGAGCCAGUGGCUACGUGUAUUUCCGUAAGCAGUUAUUAAAGCACUUAUUAAAGGUGAACACCACAGCGUCUAUUUGUAGCACCAUCAAAACAAACCAGUUGAGUGUAUUAACUAGCUUAACAUUGACAUGAGUACAUUGGGGCAAACCGGUCAUAGCAAAAUAUGCCAAUGUAAACAUAUAUAAGUGCAGGGUUAAAACACAUAGUAAACAAUUCAUCUUUGCAGUUCCUUUGGUAAAUAAUACACAUUGAUGCUUCAAGUGUUUUUUUGUGAACAAAAACAAGUACAAGUUAUUAACAUUUCAAUAAUUUUAUUGAAAGGUUCAACUACAUAAAUUGGCUGGGUGCAGCUCCCAUUUUCAUUAGAGCCAAAACAAAGAUAAAUCUUUAGCAUGUGUAUUCACUUGGAACUUCACCAAUUUUAUUUUUAACCAAUCAUUUUGUUAGUUUGACAAUUUAUACCAGGGAUAAACAAAUGGUUAUAUAGUUACAAGCAACUGUAAUGUAACCAAAUGUAAAAUAAACUUGAGCCUAGUUAGCCAUCUAGUUUUUCCAUUAAAGGUAUAUUAAAACAUUUAAGUAUUCCGUUUUCAUCACGCCAACUCAGAAUCCAGAACACGGUAAAAUAAAAAGAAAAGAAA